AUGACUUCAACCGAAGAUAAUUACAUGGGCAAGCGAGACCCCGACCCAACCCCGACCUCUCAUUGGCCUUGUAACAGCUACUUCGAACAAGUAAAACCGGUGAAUAAGACAAGUAAGGGAGAGCUACCUUCUCCCAGAGAGAACAGACAAGACCAUCCCCACGCAAUCUACUUCCUCGAAAUAGCCCAGAGCUCAAAGAUCACGAACAGGGCCUUUUUCGACCACAAUGGACGGAUUCUCCGCAGUGUGGACGGCGGAAAGAAUGUCACUGCACUAGUAUCUGGUCUUAAAAGUCCCGAUGGUCUUGACGUAUCGCAGUCCACCGGCCGCAUGUUUUGGACGAGUAUGGGACUUAGCACAUCUAAACAAGACGGCUCGGUACUGUCUGCAAAUCUCGAUGGCAGCGAUAUAAGAACUGUCAUUCCCGAGGGUUCCGUGCACACACCCAAACAACUGGCUGUCGACGAUCGGAAUCGGAAGCUCUACAUUUGCGAUCGUGAGGGCAUGAGUGUUCACCGUUGUAAUUUCGAUGGCCAACACCACGAAAUCCUGGUUCUCCGCGGAGAUUGCAAGAGCAGCGACAAGGAGGAUCAAAUGCGGUGGUGUGUGGGGAUAACCUUGGAUCUCGAGAACGGGAAGUUCUAUUGGACACAGAAAGGAACGAACAGAGGAUACAAAGGGCGCAUUUUCCGUGCGAAUAUCAAUAUGCCAUUUGGGGAAAAUGCCCUCUGUCGAUCAGAUAUUGAGACAUUGUUCGUGGGUCUCCCCGAGCCCAUUGACCUGGACUUUGUGUCUGAGACGCAGACACUUUACUGGACAGACCGGGGCGAAGAUCCGUAUGGUAAUACACUGAAUAAGGCGAGAGUUGGGGAUGAGAACCCUCAGGUGCAUAUUCUAGCACGGCAGUUGCAUCAGGCUAUUGGAUUAAAGGUUGAUUCAAUCAACCAGUAUGUCUAUGUCACUGACUUGGGCGGUAGUGUGUAUCGAGUCAGUGUGGAUGGGGGUGGAAAGGAGGUUAUACAUCGUGGGGAUGGAUUUUACACUGGCAUCACUUUUGUGUAA